AUGUCCCAACCGAAGCCCUUCACUCCAACCCGAUGGCUGUCCAUCCUCCCACUACUCACUCUCCUCUCAAUACCAAUCACAAAAUCCCAAGAAACAGUCUGGGUAACAGUCCUAGCAACAGAGACAACACACGCCACACCAACAGCACCAACAGCAGCCUCCUACACCUCCCUCAGCGAGUUCAAGGAUACAGUGCUGGAAGUGACGAAUGAAUACCGCGCCACGCACGAUGCAAAGCCACUCUCGUGGAAUGAUACUCUAGCUGAGUAUUCGAAGAAAUGGGCGGAUGCUUGUAUAUGGAAGCAUUCGCGUAGUCCCUAUGGCGAGAAUCUAGCCUACGGCUAUGCAAAUGCCUCCGCAGCUGUCAUCGCCUGGGGCGACGAAGGAGCCAUGUAUAACUUUGGUAAACCAACCGGGUUCACAGAGGAAACGGGGCAUUUCACACAGCUUGUGUGGAAGGCGACCACGCAGGUAGGGUGUGCAGCUGUGAACUGUGGGUAUACGCAUGACAAGCGGGAUGUUGAUGUCAACGUCGAUUUUGGCGAUGGAAAUGGCAAUGAGACUGGAGAGUCGGAUGAGGACGGCGUUGUUGGGAUGAGGGUUGCACCUCGUGGAGAAGGAAAGGGAGAUGCGCGCGCUCAGGGGUGGUAUGUUGUUUGCGAGUAUAUGCCCGCUGGCAAUGUGGUUGGGGCGCAUGAUUCUUAUUUUAAGAAGAAUGUUUUGCCUCAGGUGAGGGAUAGGACUUCGUCUACUUCUACGUCGUCGUCUUCGACGACGACUAGCGCGGCUGGGACGUCUCCGUCGGAGAAUGCGGCUACUUCUACUACUGUUAGGAGUCAGAAUCAACCGACUGGUGGAGGGAUCAGGUAUGGACUUGACUCGAAGCUGGGGAUGAUGCUUGUUGCCUUGGGGACUCUGGGGAUUGGAAUGGGGCUUUAUACAUGA